AUGAGUAGAUCUGUAAAGUCAGUCACCACCCAGGGUAAGAAGAAGCGGGCAGUUGCUACAUGUGUAUGCACGUAUUCUGGGGAGUUUUCCAUAAGAAUUAACAAGGUUCCCUUCAAACUCAUCACAAACACCUUAAUGAUUGCAAAGCUGAAGGAAAUCAUAUGCAUUGUUGAGCAUUCCAACAUCAAGGAUCUUUCGUUUGACAUAACAUGCAAGAUUGGCGGUGAAGUUUCCCGUGUGUAUGCUGUAAGGAUGGCCUUUUCCAAAGCAAUACUUGCGUUCUAUGGAACCUACUUCGAUGAAUGGAAGAAGCAAGAAAUCCAAAAGAGACUGUUGGAUUUCGACAGAUUUAGCCUUGUUGCCGAUUCUAGAAAGAGAGAGCCAAAGAAGUUUGGAGGACCCGGAGCUCGUGCAAGAUACCAAAAGUCUUAUCGUUGA